ACGUGAUGCUAUGAGCAUCUUUUGACGUCAAUAUUACGCGUAUCUCGAAAGCUAUUUUACAUUUUCAGAGUGUCUGCAUCUCGCGAUAAGUACGGGGGUCGUUUUAACCUCCGUGAGAAAUUACAGUGAGCGUCCAUUUUGCCCGGUCAGAGCAGAGAAACAUCUGGGUCAAGCGCAUCGCAUCCUCGAGUGUCAAGCAUAGUUGUGUUGGCUCAGCAAGUGAACGCACAUCACAAACCGCGACUGCCAUGGCGGAUGCAGCGAUUUCAUUUUUAAAGGAUUUUUUAGCAGGUGGAGUUGCUGCUGCCAUUUCCAAAACCGCAGUCGCGCCCAUUGAACGGGUGAAAUUACUGCUGCAGGUCCAACAUGCCAGCAAGCAGAUCAGCGCGGAACAGCAGUACAAAGGCAUUAUCGACUGCGUCGUGAGAAUCCCGAAGGAGCAGGGGUUCGCCUCAUACUGGCGUGGCAACCUGGCCAAUGUCAUCCGCUACUUCCCCACCCAGGCGCUCAACUUCGCGUUCAAGGACAAGUACAAGCAGGUGUUCCUGGGCGGCGUGGACAAGCACACGCAGUUCUGGCGCUACUUCGCCGGGAACCUGGCCUCCGGCGGCGCGGCGGGGGCCACCUCGCUGUGCUUCGUCUACCCGCUCGAUUUCGCCCGAACCCGCCUGGCCGCGGAUGUGGGCAAAGCCGGCGCCACGAGAGAGUUCAACGGGCUGGGUGACUGCCUCGCCAAGAUCUCCAGGUCCGAUGGGAUAAGAGGCCUUUACCAAGGCUUCAACGUGUCUGUGCAGGGGAUCAUUAUCUACAGAGCGGCCUACUUCGGCAUCUAUGACACAGCUAAAGGCAUGCUCCCGGACCCGAAGAACACGCACAUCAUGGUGAGCUGGAUGAUCGCGCAGAGCGUCACGGCCGUGGCGGGGGUGGUGUCGUACCCCUUCGACACCGUGAGGCGUCGCAUGAUGAUGCAAUCCGGACGCAAAGGAGCGGACAUCAUGUACUCGGGAACGCUGGACUGCUGGCGGAAGAUCGCGCGGGACGAAGGGGGCAAGGCCUUCUUCAAGGGCGCCCUCUCCAACGUGCUCCGAGGCAUGGGCGGGGCCUUCGUGCUCGUCCUGUACGACGAAUUCAAAAAAUACGUCUAAGCUAAGCCCAUGUACACCCCCCCUUUAGCUCGGACAAUGACCACUUAAAGAGUACCUGUUACUACUGAGGCCAGUUAAUCUUUUACCAAGUCCCCCAUUUCCUGUAGAGUGUAUCCAGGGUCCAGGCCACCUUUAGCAGUAGUGGCCAACAACACGCUCCAGUUGUUGACCUGUGAACUUUCCAUUUUAAGCACGAUGUAUUUAAUUUUGUUUAGUUUGUUUUGACUUUUUUUGCUCAACUGUGAGCAAGUUCUUUAGAGUCAGGGCACUCCAUGAUGGUAAAAUACUGGGGGAAGAGCAUUAAUGAACAUAUUCUUUAUCAUAACACUGCAAACCCAUACACUGAUGCCAUACAGUGUAUGCGUGACAGAAGCACUGUUUCUUGCAGUGCAGGUAUUCAUCCUCAAGAUGGUGCUGUAAGUAAAGAUGCAAGUACAUAAAGAUUGAUUUAUUUUUUUCCAAAGAUUGGCUCUGCUGUUGGAGCAAUUUGAAGCUUCUAGGUAGUUGAAUUUUAACUUACAUUAACAUAAAUGAUGAAACGUAUAGUUAUAACGACUAUCAAUUAAAAUGUGAUAUUCAUUAGCUUUAUUUCAUUGCCCAAUUAGCCCAGUUCCAGCACCCAAAUGAAAAGAUACAAAUAAUGUCUAGACAAAUUGUGGAUUCAGAAAAAUAAAACCAUGAAAAGUCUCACUCACUGUAACAUGAUGAAGGUAAUGUUUUUUAUUUUAUUUUAUUUUUUCCAUUUCUGAAUAGUGCUGCAUGUACUUGGCAAUAAAAGUCAUCACAACUCA